GGGCUCUGCUCGUGCCCGGCCUCGCGCCCGCCGAGGCUGCUCGUCGAUGGCCGCCCGCCGCUAUCCCCGGCUCUGCCGCCUUUUGGCGGGCCUCGGAGGGGCCGCCUCGCUCGUGCUGCUGAUCAGCCUGUACACGGCGGUGUCUGAGGUGCAGGUGUUAAGUGAGUUGACUUUCUUCCCUCUCUGGAGAAGAGAGAAGCCACUCUACAAGCUUGAUGUAAACUGGCCUUUGAUUCCUUUUACUGGUCAGACGUUUUGUGUUGCUGUGGAUGACGUCAAUGGAUUAGUAUAUGUGGGACAGAGAGGUGAUGAAAAUGUGCCCAAGGUUGUAGUUUAUACUGAGGAUGGCUAUUUCUUACAAGCAUGGAAUGCUUCCAUUGAAAUGCCUCAUGGUAUCUUUGUGCUGAACACACCCAAUGCAACUUCAGUGUGGAUCACAGAUGUUGGAACUGGCAAAUAUGGACACACAAUUAAACAGUAUACUCCUUCAGGUGAACUUCUUCAAGUCAUAGGUACUGCAGGUAGAGCAGGUUCUGGUACAAAUCCCUUGCAGUUUGACCAGCCAGCAGAGAUUUUUGUGGAAGAAAGCGGGGACAUCUACAUUGUAGAUGGUGAUGGAGGACUGAACAACCGCUUGGUCAAAUUGACCCCAGACUUUAAGACUCUAUGGCUGCACGGAGAAAAUGGUUCUGGCACUGCACAGUUCAAUAUCCCACACAGUGUAACGGUGGAUGCUGUCGGACGGGUAUGGGUUGCUGACCGAGCCAACUGGAGAAUCCAGGCUUUUCAGAAAACCACAGGGGAAUGGUUGGGCUGUUGGAAUAGCUGCUUUACACAAGAUGGCCCUUCUUCCGUCAGAUUAACUCCAGAUCAAAGGUAUAUGAUCGUCGCACAUAUAAAUAUUGACAGGGUGUCAAUCUUGGCUGCCCCACCGGUAGGAUCAAUUGAGGACUGUGUUGUGAUGGACACAAUUCAGCUUGCAAGCGAAGUUAAGCCCCAUCUUGUGGAUGUCAGCAAGAAAACUGGAGCAAUUUAUGUAGCAGAAAUUGGAGCCCAGCAAGUACAGAAGUAUGUGCCUUUAUACUGACAGCAUCUUUCACACGGCACAAGGGACUUCCAGAAUAUUUCCUCUGUUGGAUUGCUGUCGGCUGUGCAGCACAAGAACUUUUGGAUUAACUUUGUUCAUUUGAAGUGCACGUUUGUUUCACUUUUUGUGCCUAUCUCAGGGAUUUUAAGUGGUGGCAAUUUUUGUGUUAGCUGGUUUUUAUAGACUUGUUUGUUUUUUUAAGUCAGUGUCACCAGCACUACUAAUUUUAAAUCAUUCAGGAGUAAAUUUACCGCCACACAAACUGCUAGAAAUACUAGUUUAAUGCAGCUUCCAUUAAUCAUCCCGUGAUUGGGGAAAAUUACUUCUUCAUGGAGUCAGAAUUUUCCAUUUAUUUGUAGCAGAUUAUCUCAGCUAAGGAGCCUGAUUGCUUCUUUCCUGUGAAUGGAGGAAAAAGAGGCUGAUCUGGUCUGUAUGGGAAGAUCCUAUAAAAGACUGCAAAACAGUCUUGGCUAUGCGUAUCUCAGGAAAUGUCUCCUCCAAGUUUGAAAAUGCAAGGUCUUUUAGCAAUGCUCUUCUCUAGGGAGCCUCAAAUAGCUUUCCACCAGAGUGGUAUCUUUUAAAACUCUCUUGGGACUUCUGAAGCUUUGUGAAUGACCAAGAAAUUCAAGUUUGUUUACUCCUAAAGCAAACUGUCAUGUUGUGACUACUCUUCCUGUUUGGGGUAUUCUUUACAUUCCCACUUUUGCGUGUAUGGUUUGUUGUGUGAGCCCGGUUUGGCCGGGGUGGGGUAUAAAUAAAUUAUUAUUAUUAUUAUUA